AUGUACAUGCAGAAUCAAGACAAAGCAUUGUAUCUUGCUUCUGAAGAAAAUAUCCCACUGGCAUCACGAUGUUGGCUCUGGAAAAAGAAAAGAAAUUCUGUGUUUCCUGAAGCUGAAAGCCAGAGCAAAGCAGAGGUUUGGGUGCAAACAGUUAUCCCUUCAAGCUCUCAAGUAACUGAAGAUUCACUGAGGAGUGAUGUAGAACCUAAAUCACAGGCAACCAUUACCUCAUCUGUUCCUCUACCGGGCAGCGUUACUGCCUACUUGGAUGAAAUGCAAGUCCAUCCUUCAUGUGCUAUUAAAAGUAUUAUGAUUGAUGAAGAAACUGGACAGGUCGAAAUUGGGCAAGGAGAAUCUUGGCUGAACAAACUUAGAAUCAACAGGAACAAGUUGGCAUUUUUGAAGUGCCUGAUUGGGUGGAAAGGAAACAAAACAGCAGUGGAAAAAGUAGAUCCUCCAAACGCUCCUGGAGUUUGCUCUCAUGACAACCAUAGACCGCAUGAGCUGGAUGGAUGCAUGGCAAAAGAAGAACAACCAUAUAUUCCAUACAAGUUAGCUAAAUUAUAUAUUACCAAGAUUGUAAAAGAUAUGCAACAAAUGAAAAUCAGACACAUGAAGGUAAUCAAAGAAUUGGACUCUAUAAGAAAAGAUAGCCAGGUAAUUCUCUUGUAA